AUGCGCGCCUCGCUCUCGGAGGGGACUGGCCCUGGCAGCAUCGGCGGGAGCAGCAGCAGCCGCGGAUCCUCGCGUCAUAGCUCGUUUGGGACUGCCGAUGGCGCCGGGAUGGGCCCCGGCGUGCGCUACAAUCCGUUCGCGAGUGCGGGCCGUCCGCGACUUAUGCACCGCGCGAGCGUCCCGACUGCAAUCCACGCGUCGGUGCCAUUGCAUAUGUCGGGGCAAGGGCAACAAGGGGAGCAACAGCAACAGCAGCAGCAGCAGGGGGAGUUUGUCCAAUGGACGAAUCCAGACCCCUUCGCGCCAGGCGGCAGCAACGGCGGCGACGUGCGCAGCUCCGCGGACACGGCUCGUGCGGGCAGCGCGGACAGCGACACGCUCGCAUUCUACAUGCCCGAGCGGGGCUACGCGCUCGACCCAUCCGCGUCUGCGUCCGCGUCUCCCGACCCGGUGGCGUUCGAGUAUGAUUACGGACCUCAUCAACAUCAUCAUGAGCCCGUGCACGGCCAGCUCCAUCAGCACGGUCAGCAUGGCUAUCAUGGCGGAGUUGGGGCGGACAUGAGCAUGGGCAUGAACAUGGGCAUGGGCGCCGAGGGAUACGAGAUCUCGCAUGAGCUUGGGUCGUACCAGUUCCCGGCGCCGCCGGCACAUUCUCAACAUGAUCAGCAGCACGGUCAAGGUCAAGGCCAGCUGCAGAUGCCGCGCGCCAAGAUCGAGGAGAAUGAAGUUGACAUGGAGUACCCAUCGCCCGGGCUCGGCGGCGGGCUCGAAUCCACAGGUAUAGGAGGCGGUCUUGGUAUCGGAGGUGGUGGAUUAGGCGUUCUCAGCGGCCUCAGCGGUCUAGGAGGCCUCGGCGGGGAUGCUGGGACGGAGGUGGGGGCGGGGCGGGGGUCGCUGGGCUCGAUCGCAUCGGUGACAUACAGCGAGAGUACGAGCAGCAGCAAUGGCGCGGGCCCGUAUCUCUCGGACCUGAGCGAGAUGGACCCGUAUUCGAGGCGGGGCUCGUGUUUGGCGAUCGGUUCUGUGUCGUGUGCUCGUGUUUGCGUUAUUUCGAUGCGAAGUCACUGGGUGCAUGCGUCGUCGUGCGUUGUGCGUUUCCACCCUUCCACGGCCUGCGCUUCUUGCGCUUCCGCGCAGCCCAUUGUGUCGGGUCGCCCGGAGCCUCGGUCUCGCGUUUGUUUAUUAUUUUUUGCCACUUUUUGUUCUCAUGCCUCCGUCUUCGUGUCCCUUGCACCCCCUGGCGCGCAGGGGCAGAGGCGGAGCGUGUCCACGAGCGACAUGUUCUCAGGGCUGCGCGUCGACUGCCCACCUGACGAGCGCGCGCCACAACACCCGCAGCAGCAUCUGCACCCGCAUUCGCACCAGCAGCAGCAACAGGACCUGCACGACCCGCGCGACGCGGACCGCAGCUACCCGUCCUACGCACACGCACACGCCCAUGGUCAUGGGCAGGACGACGGGGCCGGCACCGCGACGUACCCAUCUCCGGCGUCGACGACGAGCGGGAGAGCGGAGCCGAUGCUGAUGCAUCAGCAGCAGUACGCGCUGUCCUCGAGCGAGCUGGCGUACGCGCUGCAGCCGCAUUUAAGCGACGAGUCGGUGAGUUGA